GGGAGGGGGAGGAGCCCGUCUAUAUCGAGAUGGUGGGGGACGCCCGGCGGGGGGGGGGGAGGGGUGGGCAGCGGUGGGGGGGCAGGGGGUGGCCCCCCUCCUCCCCCCGAGGAACCCGAAGCCAUCUACGAGGAGAUGAGCUGCCCCCUCCCCACGGGGGAAGGGGGAGGCCACACCCCUUUCCACGGCCACACCCCUUUCCACGGCCACACCCCUUUCCACGGCCACGCCCCUUUCCACGGCCACGCCCCUUUCUCUGCCACCGCCCCCUUCUCUGGCCCCGCCCCCAUCCCUCCCCCCUUCCCCAACCUCCUGGCCCCCCGCCCCCCCCUCCUGGCCCACCCUCCCGAGGGCUCGCGCCUGCCCCUCCCCCGCCGCGAGCCGCCCCCCCCCGCCCGCGCCCGCAGCCACUCCACCCCCCUCCCCCACCCGGCGGCGGGAGGGUCAGGGCGGGAGCGGGGAGGGGCGGGGCUUGGCCCUUUGCCCCUCCCUCCCGCUGCCGAAGCCCCACCCCUCGGGAAACGCCCCCCUGCCUACGACAGUCUACGUGGGGGUGGGGUGGUGGGAGGCCCCGCCCCUCCCCGCGAGGACGAGCCCCUCCCACGCCGAGGGGGUGGAGCCCCGCCCCGCCGCGGGAAAGACCCCGAGAAGGCGCCGGAGCCCCCCCGGGAGGAGCGGGGGGGGGCGGGGGCGGCUCCCCCCCCCUCGGGGAUCCCGGUGCGAGCGGAGGGGCCGCGGGGGCGGGGGGGGCUGCCCCUCCCCUGCCAGACCUUCCCCGCCUGCGGGCGACCCACAGACCUCCCUGGGGGGCACCGCCUGGGCCGCUCGGCCUCCACCUCGGGGGUGCGCCAAGCCGGGGCCCCCCCGUUUCCCCGCGGCCCCCCCGUUCCCCGCCCCCUCUCAGGGGGGAUCCCCGGAAUCGGGGGGGUGUCGGGGGGGGGUCCGGCUGCCACCCCCCGCCCACGGGACGGGCAGCUGCAAGAGGUGAUCGAUCGCAAACGCUGCGUCUGCACCGAAAUCAAAGCCCGGGGGGGGCGCGGGGGGGUGCUCUGCAAGCAGGACAGCCUCCCCCCCCCUCCCCGCGCCCCCUGCUUGGAGAGGGGGGGCACCUGAGGGGAGACCCCCACCCCCACCCCCGCCCGGCACCCCCCCGGCCCGACGGCCCCACGCCGUGCUAUGGGACACCGCCAUCUGACCCCCCCGCCCCCCCCCCCUCGGGGUGCCUGGCGCAUCUCUGUGACCCCCCCCCAAAAUACCCACC